UUUAUGUUUCUGCUAUGUCUCCGUAAUAUUGCAUUGCAAUCUGCAACAUUAUAACGUUGCUGGAAUUUUCUAUGCUGUAUGGGUUCGUUCAGAGCAACUCCGAGCAGCUCCCGAGAGACAAAACGAACAAUACUUUUGAAAGCCUGACUUGGAUGAGUCGGCUUACAGUCGAUAUAUGAACGGUUGUACCACAGUAUAUACAGUAGUGCAACUCUCCCGAUUUCAGCGUGUACGAAAUUGAACUGCACAUGCGCGAGCUAAGUAGGUAACCAAUCACAUAACAGAUUUUCUGUCGCAUUUUCUCUUACUGUUUUUCUAUAGCUCUUUCUGUCACACAUUUAAAUGCCAUGUAGAAUUCGGUUAGAAUUGGCGGGAGCAGACGUUUAGCUGUACAUCAGCUGUAUAGAAUCGAAGUGAAAAGCUGUGUCAAAAAAAAUAGAUAGUGAGAAGUGUUCAGUGCUCAGUGGUGUUCAGUGACUGAGUGGAAAUUAAUAUUAACUGUCGAGGAGAAUCUUUGUUCAGAGAAUAGUUGAUCUGUAUAAAUUUUAAUUAUAAGAUUUAUACAGAUUUUCUAUUCUCUUCUAGAAGCACCUUUGAUCUUAGCUUUGUUGCAGGUGCAGCUUCUUGGAAGAUACAGAUAAUAAAAUAUAAGGAAAGAGGAUGUCAGCUUCUAAAUCAAGUUUAUGGUGUGUCGUAAAGGAGUGUAACAAUACUACGGAGAAAAGACACUUCUUUUUAUUUCCAAAGGAAUAUGAUAGAUGGUUGCAAUGGAUACGUGCAUGUGGAAGGUAUGAUUUAGAGGUAAUAGGUCCCGAAUACGCUCAUCGCAACUAUCGACUGUGCCACUUGCAUUUUGAAGAAAAGUGGUACAAAAUAGGCAAAAGUAGAGCCAAUCUUCAUCCUAUUUCUUUUUUAUUACUGGUGCAACUGUGUGUGUAAGAUAAGGUGCAUUAGAAUGUAAGAUAAAAUAUUAAUUUUUUUUAUCUUUUUUUUUCUUUUUUUUACAUAAAUAGGUAUUCCUGUUUCUUGUGCCAAGAAUUAUAAUAGCUGCAUUAAUAAAUAGAAAACUACAAGAAGAAGAAGAAUUGUAUAAAUACUACUAUUAUAUAUAAAAAGUUUGAAAUUGUGUAUAACUUUCAAAAUAUAAAUUUUUAUUAGAAGUUAAUUCAUUUAUAAUUACAUAAUGUUAAUAUUAGGUUAAUAAGAAUUUUAAUAUAAUGUUUGUUUUAUAAAUAUUAUUAGUCUUAUUUUAAUUGUUUCUAUUAUUCCCCGUAUGAUCUAAACAUUUAUAGAAAGAUUUUACGUAUCACUCUUAAAUACACUUCGUAUCAAAUUUUUAUAAUCAGUUAAAAAUCUAUAAAUUAUGUAUAUGAUUACAAAGUAAAGUUAUUUAAGCCAAA